AUGGAGAGCUACACAGCAGCUGAUGAUGUGAUAGUCAGCAACUGGACAGUAGAGCUCCUGAGCGCAGAGCCUGGAGCCAACUGGACUACCGCCGUGCCGGAUGCGAUGGCGAGUAACCUGACCAGCUGGGUCGGUGACGUCACCACUGGGGCUGCUUCCCUGGAACUGCCUCCAGCACUGGAGGUGUGCGUCGCCACAGUGAACCCAGUGAGCUUCCAGAAUACGCUCAUCACGGGCGCGGGCUUUGCUGUCAGCUACAUCGCCAUCAGCCCCAUUAUCAAAGUCGUCAGCAAGAAGACCAUCCUCGCGGUGUGCCUGACGGUGUCCGGGGCGUGCGGCGUGGCCGUACUCUGGGCGCAGUCCGACCUGGAGGUGCUGCUGCUGCCGAUGGCCUUCAUCGUGCUCUCCGGGAUGUGCGUGUCCGUCGUCAACGUCGUCGUCGUCGAUACCGUCCCCACCUAUCUCAGAGCCAUGGCGGUGUGCCUGUCGCUGUGUUUCGGCCGCCUGGGCACCUUUAUCACGUCCCUCAUGCUGGGUGCCCUCAUAGACUCCAACUGCGUCCUCGCCAUCGCCAUCCUUGGAGGAUACGUCGUUGCAUGCGGCCUUGCAUCGACGUUGCUGCCAUCAGAAGCGAAGUUGAAGGAGCUACGUGGCUGAGGGUGUCCACACCGGCAUCGGCUGUUCUUUCUCCAGA